GUAGCAAUGUCAAUUUGCAAUCGCAAAUAUCAAAUCAAAUCAAAUCAAAACAAAAUCUUGCUUGAUUGGAGUCGAAACUUGAAAUAAAUAGAAAUGGUAUAUUAUAAAUCUUAGAAAGUAAAGUAUUCGGGGAAGGAAACAUACAGUUACUAUUUCUCAUGUCGAACGUAAGGACCUGUCCAGGCCUUUUCUGUGGUCGCACUGAACUGGAAGAUGGUUCCUGGAGCGACUGCGGUGCCUGUCCUCGGGGCUUCCGCACCAAUGCGUCCAGCUAUUGCACGCCGUGUGCUGAUGAACCUUCCCUCUACGACUGGCAGUAUCUUGGGUUUAUGGUUCUUUUGCCACUUGUGUUACAUUGGUUUUUCAUAGAUGUUGUUGCAGCAGGAAAAAGCAAGGAAGGCAUUCUAAUACAGCAUAUCUGUGCCUUUGUAGAGGUGGUGACUGGCACAUUAGCAGCAUUACUGGUGUUGCCACCAACGGGCUACAUUGCCUUGCAUGUGUGUACUCCUAAGGCCCUGUCAGACUGGUACACACUACUGCAUAAUCCACAACCUGAUUAUAAAGAGACUUUACACUGUACUCAAGAGGCUGUAUACCCUUUGUACACUAUAGUGUUGCUGAUAUAUACAUUCAGCCUAGUAAUGACAAUUAGCCUGCGGCCUUGGCUGCUUGCCUGGCACACUCCCAAUUAUGGCAAAAAGGCCAUAUACUGUGCCCUGUAUUUUUAUCCCAUACUCAUACUAAUUCACACAGUUGCUGCUGGCUUAAUUUAUUGCUCCUUCCCAUACAUAAUAAUCAUAAUAUCUAUGAUGACGUCAGCUUCUCACUUUUCUGUCAAACUGGACCAAUCAGCACCCGCCCUGCUCGUUUCGUCAAUCACAGACACCAGAAACUUGACAAUCCUACUCGGCCACUGGCUAGUCCAUGCUUAUGGUAUUAUAUCUUUGACCGGCUUUAAAGAACUGUGGUAUUUGUCCCUGGUUCCAGCUCCAGCAUUGUUCUAUAUAUUGACAGCUCAGUUCACUGACCCAAUGAAAAUACACAAUGAUUGACAAACACAGAAACCAUUUGCAAAGUUGGUAUUGAAUUGAAUUAAUAAGAGAUGGGAGGAGAUUAAGAUGAAGCCAGGACUAUUCUUGUAUAGGUAUAUUUUUAAUAACUACAAGAUCAGUCAAUAAAUAAAUUCCCUUAAAAUAUACUAAAACUGGAUAUCAAUCAAGCCAGAUUAACAUUAACACGAUUUGUAAAUUAAUGUAUAGUGUAACAAAUAUCAUUGUAUUGUGGUCAGCCGAUGAUAAUUGUUAAUAUUGUAAGUUAUUAUUAUCUAAUAUAAUAGAUUGAUGUUGUUUAUAAUGAGA